GUUAGGUACCUGAGGAGGUAGUGUACCUACCUAAACCUACCUAGGUACCUACCUAGGUAGGUACCUGUGUAGGUAUCUCGGUAGGUACAGCAGUAGAUCGUGACGGUUGGACAGCAAGAAGUUACGUCACGUACGUCAUAGGUGGCUAAGCUCGCUGCCCGCCCGUCCAUGACGCCUUCUCCCGAUGGCGGCCGCCUUACACGGUAGGAGCUUCGGCACGCCUGACUAGCACUGCAGAGGCAGAUCUCAUAGAUAGGUUCUUUUCCUCUCCAGGCUUGAGAUUCACACAACUUGGAUCCUUCGCCCUUAGACAUUGGUAUCUCGCCUCCUACGCCCGUCAAGAUCAACUCGCCUGCCUCCCUCCGCGGCCGACAGAACUAUUACCUACCUAUCUAGCUAUGCCGUUAGCUCUCCAGAUCGACCCUGAGGAGCUCGUCAGUCGGCUCCACGGCACUCACCUCACCGAAAAUGGCCGUCAGCUACGCCGGAGGAUCGCUACCUCUCACCUUACGCCUUAUGGCACCAGGUAUGCGAGCGAGACCGACGUGCCCAAAUACGAGCUUCCGAAAAAGGGAGCGCCUGCCGACACGGCUUACCAGCUGAUUCGCGACGAGCUGGACCUGGAUGGCAAGCCGAAUCUGAACCUUGCUAGCUUCGUAGGAACUUACAUGGAGCCGAAUGCGUCUCAGUUGAUGAUGGAGAACCUAGCAAAGAAUCUGGCGGACAAUGACGAGUAUCCGGCCAUGAUGUCCCUCCACGAGCGCUGCGUCAGCAUCUUGGCCCACCUCUGGGCGGCCAAGAAGAGCGAGAAGGCGAUUGGGACGGCGACUACUGGCUCCUCGGAGGCCAUCCAUCUCGGCGGCCUAGCCAUGAAGCGCCGCUGGCAGGAGCACCGAAAGGCUCAGGGCCUAGAUGCUUCGAGUCCCAACAUCAUCAUGGGCGCCAAUGCGCAGGUUGCCCUCGAGAAGUUCGCACGCUACUUCGAUGUCGAGCCGCGCAUUCUUCCGGUGUCUGCAGAGAGUCACUACCGUCUAGACCCAGAGCUUGUAAGGCAGAAUAUCGACGAGAACACGAUUGGCGUCUUUGUCAUCAUGGGUAGCACCUAUACUGGACACUACGAGCCAGUGGAGGAGGUUUCCAAGAUCCUCGACCAGUACGAAGAAAAGACGGGUAUCGAUAUCCCCAUUCACGUCGAUGCGGCUUCGGGUGGCUUCGUUGCACCUUUUACGUAUGCGAAGGCCGGCGGUCCGAAAUGGAACUUCGAGCUCCCGCGAGUCAAGUCUAUCAACACUUCUGGUCACAAAUAUGGCUUGGUCUAUGCGGGCGUAGGUUGGAUCGUCUGGCGCGACGAGGCGUAUCUACCACGGCACCUGAUCUUCGAGCUGCAUUAUUUGGGUGGGACGGAGAAGUCGUUCACGCUUAACUUCUCACGUCCGGGGGCUCAGGUCAUCGCGCAGUACUAUAACUUCAUCCACCUCGGGUCCAACGGGUACCGUGAGAUCAUGGAGAGUUGCCUCCGCAACGCGCGCCUUCUCUCCAAGAGCCUCGAAGCCACGGGCUGGUAUACCUGUGUCUCGGACAUCCAUCGCCGAAGGCCGGCCGCCCCAGCCGUGCUAACGGGUGCUGUGCAGAACGCUCUAGGCAAGGGCGAGGGUGACGAGACAUCCGCCGACUACGUCGCAGGCUUGCCGGUGGUUUCAUUCCGGCUCGCGGAUGAUUUCAAGCGGCAAUUCCCGCAUAUUAAGCAGGAAUCGGUCUCACUCCUCAUGCGUGCGCGCCAGUGGAUAAUCCCCAACUACGCGUUGCCGCCGAACGAGGAGAAGACGGAGAUCCUCCGCAUCGUUAUACGCGAGUCUAUGAGCUUCGACCUUCUCGACCGCCUCAUCGGGGACCUAGUAUCCGUUACGCAGACCCUCGUAGAUAGCGACGAGGUCGACCUAUCCAUCCUCCGAGCUCAGAAGCCGGCCGGAGAUAGCCGGCCGGAUAGGGGCCUGCUGCAGCAGUCGGCUAAGGUGCUCGAAGGAAAGGCAGAGCGUCUUGCGGAGGGAAUUCACAGAAGCGUCUGCUAAGGGCUUUGGAAUGUAGGCUCUGUAUGCGUGUUGUUCCCGGAUUGUCGUUCUCAUCAACGGGAUUUCAAAGACAUGCCGGGUUAGGACCCGCUCCUUGAUAACCUCAGGGCGAUCUCUCCUCAUCUACAGCCGCCAAUAAGGUGCAAAGUUGCCGAGCUUGCACCUACCUGGUCGUUACAGGAGGGGCAAUAUCGUACAUAGAUGAGCAGCGUAUUGAGCAAUACCAAUGCAGGUAUUUGACGAUGCAAUUAACAAACAGUUGUGCC